AUGCAGCCGGUGCAUGAAGAGAAGCUGAAGUACCAAAGCCGUGAUCUCCAGAGACCGUGGGAGAGAGAAGAGUUGUCAUCGUUCCUUCCUCCCAUGCCGAUGACGGCGUCCAACAUCGGUGGCAGCAGGGGCGAGCCGUUGCGGUCCGCCUCAGCCAUCGUCGCCAGCACCGAGAGCGGCCAGCACCUGCUGAAGAUCGACGGCUACUCCCGCACAAAGGAUGUCCCGACCGGCAGCCGCAUCAAUUCCCGAUCGUUCCGCGUCGGAGGCCACAGCUGGCACAUCCUCUACUACCCCAACGGUCUCAACUCGACUUGCUCCGACUACAUAUCCAUUUUCCUUCAGCUCGACCACAAUGUUCCCCAAGGCGUGAGAGCAAAAUUCACGUUUAGCUUGCUUGACCAUGGGGGGAAGCCGGUGCCACGCUACACCCUCGGUUCCGAGCAUACCUUCCGUGACAACAGCUGGGGAUUUCUGAGUUUCAUCAAGAGGGACGGAUUGGAGAAAUCUGAGCAUCUCAAGGACGACCGCUUCACGAUCAGGUGUGAUUUGACGGUCACGAAGGAGAUUCAGACGAUGGACAUCGACACUGCCGCAAUCCCACAACCACCUGUAGUGGUGGUGCCACCGUCGGACCUGCACCGUCACCUAGGCGGCCUCCUCGCGACCAGUGUGGGUGCGGACGUGACGUUCGAGGUGGACACCAGGACCUUCGCGGCGCACAGGUGUGUGCUCAUGGCCCGAUCACCGGUGUUCCACGCCGAGCUCUCCCUCUCCAGCCUGACGACGACCAACAACGGCGCAGCAGUCGCUGUACAGAUCGAAGACAUGGAGGCGCAGGGCUUCGAGGCUUUUCUCCACUACAUGUACACCGACUCGUUGCCGGAGAUGAAGGGGUCAGAAGCUGCGGCGAUGAUGCUCCCGGACCUGGUCGUAGCAGCGAAUAGGUAUAAAAUGGAGAGGCUGAGGUUGGUUUGUGAAGACAAGCUAUCCGAGUUUGUGAAUGUGACAACCGUGGCGGUCUUCCUGGCGUUCGCCGUGGAGCAGCAUUGCCUUGGGCUUAAGGAGGUGUGCCUCAAAUUCCUCGAGGAUCCAGCAAAUCUCAGAGAGGUCAUCAAGACCGACGGCCUCGAGCAUCUGAGCAAGAGCUGCCCGUCUGUUUUAAAGGACAUGAUUACCAAGCUUGCUGCAGCCCUGUAG